AUGAUCGACAGCAGCGCAGACGUCGUCGAGGGCUGCGGCGUUGAGAUGGAUGACCUCGUCACAAAGAUGUCAAACCAUCGCCUCAUCGCUUCCCUUCCUCUGCGAACAGGCAGCGACACCAGCAGCGUAGCCCCCUCUUCACCCUCUCCCUCGCAAUCACCGCGCUUCGUCCCCUCUGCUUCUACUUCCUCCUCUUCGUGGUCUACCAGCCCCGAUGCAUCACAAGCACAGGCGCACGCUGGCGAGACGGCGACGUCUAGACCAGCAUCAGUCAAAGCGUCGACAAAAGAGUACUCGCACCCUCACUCGCACACAAACCUCGUAGCAGCAGCAGCAGCCCUCGUCCUCCCCUACUGGCCUCGCACCCCUUCAAGCCAAGAGCUCGCCCUCUUCCGUCUAAGCGGUGUAGGACCGCAAGCCAUCCUCGAUCACCUGGAACGGCAAGGUCAAACCUGCUCGCGUAAUGCAGCAACAACAGCAGCAGCGAGGAGGACCACCACCACCUACUCCAGAGGCGCAAAGGGGACGCGACGUGCUACCAGUCCACGUGCCACGAACAUGUAUGCCAUGCGAGAUAGCGUGGACAAUGGAGGCGGAGGCGCGGAUGGGGCAGGAGAUGACGAUUGGCCUACGGCCUCGACGAGCAAGAAGCGAAAGAACUCCAUAGAUGGAGAGAUGAAUCGCGCCAGAGACUUUGAGGCCUACAGCGAUGCGGCGAGCGGGUGCGGUGAAUCAGAGGCAGGAAUGUCGGGCAGUGUACUCGACGGCGACGAAGACGAAGAGGCGGGUGAUGACGAGCAGGUGGAACGACCCGACGUAAGCUCCCGCUCAUUUCGAGCUUCAAGGAUAGUAGAUGAGAUAGCUAGCGGUCAUUCCCCUCACCAUGCGCACCGACACGGGGGAUGCGGCUGCUCCUCCUCCUCCUCUGCCGACGUCCUCUGGCCCUCCUCCGCACCGCGCUCCUCCUCGAUAUCACUACUAGAAGAACCCUGGUCAACACGCUGGCGCUCCAGCCUAUCUCAGCGGGUGAGGAGUAGGAUAGCUUACCAGCGGGCAGCUGGACCCCCAAGUCCACCUCCGCCGUUGCCCGCCUCAACCUCUACCUCUACUAAAGCAGCCAAUGGGGCUAGCACGCCUGCUGCGACGCCCGGAACGACGACGACGACGACGAAUUCGAAACCCAAAGUGAGCAAAGCAGAGAAGCGCGCUUUAGCUCUGAAGGGAAAGGGGGGGACGAAUAGCACGCGCAUGACACUCGCACAGCUUAAAGCCCAACGAAGUGGGAUCACUUCCUCCUCCUCCUCCAAUACCGUAGCCACGACUACUACAGGUAAACCACCCUCUACAGCUUCUCCUUCUCCUGCUUCUGUUCGUCGCAAAGCCACCCCACCCACCUCCCCCUUCACUUUCACCUUCCCCACGCCCCUCAGCGGACUCCUCGCUGAGGCGAGGGAGCGACUAGCCGCCCUACUCACCAGGCCUGUCGCUGAUGUGGUCAGAGCGUUGGACCUCCCGCGGCCUUUGUUUGACGAGGAAGGGGAGGGAGACGGGGAGGGGGAGAGCGAUCACGACCUCCAUCGUCGCGACCUCGAGGAUGAGCAGGGCCGCAAAGCUCAGGGGCAGGGGCAGGCAGAGGGACAGGCAAAGACCACGGCAGCAGCAACGGCGCUACGUGAGGCGUACUUCUCCAUUCCGGAGGCAAAGGCGCCCAUGCUUUAUCCUUGGGCGGAUAGUGAGAGAAGGGCAAAAUGGAGCCCGGCUAAGCGGCCCAGCUCAAUUGGUACUGCGAGGACAGCGAUGACGACACGCACGACGCGAGGGGCGGGGACGGUGGAGGAGUCUUGGCCCGAAUUUGCACAGGGUUGGGCGCUACCGUGGAGAGACGGCUCAGCCCUCCCGACAGCAUCGACUAGAGCGCCACUACCAAAUUCGUCCCCCCUUCCCGGACCAGGUCACAGCUCCGGUUCCCACUCCUCCUCCUCCUCAGCAGCUCCAGGGACGACCAACUCUAUCUCCCCCAACUCGUCGCCCACGCCCGCUCUGCCAGCCGUGUCGCAGCCGAAGAGUCCCAAGCUCACCCGCAAGCAAAAAGCGCGUAUGAACAAUGUCCAUCACCCUUUUAAUGCUCAUCGAUGGCUCCCCUCUGCGGCCCCCGCCCUCUCGCAUUCGCAUCAAGAUACCCUCAACACAACAUCCUCCUCCUCCUCCUCAUCCUCUUUGCCGGGCAACUUGCAGGGGGCAAAGGCGAGCCGAGGAGGCUUCAUUUCACCGCUCGAGGAGCUGGAGGAAGGAUUUUGCGUCUAUUGUGACUAUGUAGCGCUCUAUGGAGAGAGACCGCGAUUUUGGCCUGGAGGGGUUUGUAGGCAUUUGUGCGGGGUUGAAGGGUUCGCGGGAAGAGGGAGAAAGGGGGGCAGAGCGAGAGGGAGGAGGAACAAGGUGGAGGGGGGAUGA